AUGUUACCAUUCGCGGUGCAGAAUGCCACCAAGACCGUCCGGCUGAGCUCGCGGAUAGUGACGAAACCAUGUCGAUUGUUUGCCCCGACGAGGGCACUUGACCACCACCACCACCACAUCUACAACAGCGAUCCGAGGACAAACAAUGACGGGAGGAGAUGGGCGCAUACGGCCAAGUGGCGGCCUGUUCAGGUCUUGGACGAAUGGGUAGCCAAGGAGGCCCGGCCGAUCAGUCUGCGACAGCUGAUGGUGUUUGGGCGGUCUUUGACCGAGGCGCGACUCAUCAGCUCGGCGAACUACGUGCGGACGGAGCUGCCGACCAGAAUCGCCCACCGCAUCCGUGACAUGCAGCGGCUGCCGUACGUGGUAGUGACGAACCCGCACAUCAGCGACGUCUACGAGCUCUACUACAACGCCUUCGACACGUUCCGGCGCGUCAAGGAGAUCAAGACGCUCGACGACAACGAGCGCUUCUGCGCCGAGAUGGCCAAGAUGCUGCGCGCCCACCUCAGCGUCAUCCCCAAGCUGGCCAUGGGCAUCCUCGAGUGCAGCGGCCUGAUGCCGACCGAUGAGCUCGACCGCUUCAUGAACACCAUCCUACGAUCCCGAAUCUCCCGCCGCGUAAUAGCCGAGCAGCACCUAGCCCUAACCGAGACCUUCAACGCGGACUGGUUCUCGCCGGGCGCCAAGCUGUCCGAGUCCGACUUCAUCGGCGAGGUCUUCCUCAAGUGCGUCGCGAAAGACGUCAUCGAGCGCUGCGGCCGCGCCGUGCAGGACCUCGCGCGCUCCGCCAACCCGGGGCCCGACAUCGCCAUCCCCGAGAUCCGCGUCGACGGCCACCUCGAGGCCACCUUCCCCUACAUCCUCAGCCACCUCGAGUACAUCGUCGGCGAGCUGCUGCGCAACGCCGUGCAGGCCGUCAUCGACAAGCACAAGUCCAACUCCCCUGAGCAACACCAAAAACCCCCGCCCCCCAUCGAGGUCACCCUCUGCGAGGCCCAGCAGCACGUCAUAAUCCGCAUCUCAGACCAGGGCGGCGGCGUGCCGCGCGACACGCUGCCGUACCUGUGGUCCUUCGGCCGCAAGGGCCAGCUCCGCAGCCAGCGGCUCGAGAACCUCGAGCAGGUGCCGCUCAUGGCCGCCACGCUGCAGGAGCUGCGCGUCGACGGCAACUUCAGCAGCCUGCAGGACGGCGGCGGCGGCCGCGUCGUCGGCCACGACAGCUCGCUGACGUCGCUCUCGACCCGCCCGCCCAACCUGCGCCUCGGCAUGGGCCUGCCGCUCAGCCGCGUCUACGCCGAGUACUGGGCCGGCAGCUUGGAGCUGCACAGUCUGGAGGGCUACGGCGUGGACGCCUUCCUGCAGAUUUCCAAGCUUGGCAAUAAGAACGAGCAGUUGGCUACGAGAGCGGCGAUGGAUGCCGUCUAA